GUAUAUACCGCGCUUUUCGGUCCUUGCGUAACGUCGUUCUUGCUUAAUACGUAGCGAAUUUGAGCAUGUUAUUAAAGCAGCUAUUACAGAAGUGCUCAAACGUUUUGACAAUCCCCGUCAAGAAUGACUGUAUAUACUAUUUUCCAUCUUUUUUGUGAGGAAACUGCAUGUAUAUGGUUCAAACAACAUUACAUAUGAUUACUAAUCGCCAUUUAAUAUUGUGCAACUUCAGUGCCAUCGUUGUUACCAAAAAAGGUUUGCUAUAUGGGAAAGAAUCAUGAUACAUUUGAUAUUCAUCUUCUUCAUAUCCCAAAUAUGUCACAAUUUAUAUCAAAUUCUAUGCAAUAAUCAACUGUCUGACGUUUCUUUAAUAUAAUCCUAUGUCAUACCUUACUGACUUUUUAAUGUGUCAAACGAUUUUUUGAUCACUUGAAUUGUACCCGUUCAGCUCAAGUAAUGUUACUCUAAUCCACAUGAAGUGUUCUUGAUCAGUCAUAAAUUUUUGUGAUUCAUGCUUAUCUGAUUAAUCGUGACUUUUGACCUGAUUCAGUAGUAUACUGGUACGAAUUACUACAAUUUCCUUCAGCAAAUUAAGGGAAAAUAAACAAAGAAGUGACUAUCAAUAAAAGUAAGUUGAAAAUAAGGAAAUAAAAAUAUAAAAACCAGGUCACAAUAAAGUAUGAAGUAUGUAUAGUAGUUUUAUUCAUGUACAUCUUGAUGUUGAUUGGCAGUUUGUAGCGUAGGGUGUAUUUUUCGAAUCCUUUACUUUUUAUUACGUUUGAUAUAAAGAAAAGUCAUUGUAUACUGUGCUCUCUCAUUUCAGAGAAGACAGUUGGUUCCAUAAUGGCAAUUCCUGAUGAAGUAUUUGAUCUUGUUUCAAAAGUUUCGAAUGGAAAUGGAAAUAUGGAGGAUUAUGAACGCAUUUGUUUGAUUCUAUCUAAUCUGACAACUACAGAACUGAGUUCUGUUUUUCAAAAAUGUGAUAUUUUAAAAGCAUUGAUGUCGAUUGAUUUACAUGACAAACAGUCUGCUCAAAUUGCGAUUAAAUUACCUUCCACUGUAUUCUCCCUCAUACCUUUAUUUGACUUUGUUCAAUCUCACCAAGAAGAGCUGCUUUUAAUACUUGAAUCGACGAAACUCGAUUUGAUUGAGUUUAUUUUGAAAAGGCUAAGAGCUGGUGUAGUUGAACCUAGUUGUUCAGUAGACAAUCUACCGGAAUGCAUUUUAAAGUCAAUAACUAGAUUAGUUCUUCAUGAAAAACUUUCUUUAUCUAUGGAAGCCCAAAAUUUCCUGAUAACUUUGGCUACAAAAUGUCCUCUUGGUUUAAAAAGCGUUUUAGGGCCCAAUGUAGUCGGUGCAUUAAAUCCACUGUGUUCUAAAUCUGAGCAUUUAAUAAGAGUUUCUGAAUUUGCUGUACAUCUAGUUUCCAAACAACCUGAAGUGUUCAAAGACGUUGAAAAUUCUGGUUUGUUUCAACCUAUUUUGGAUGGUUUAAAUUCAAGAGAUCCUCUAGUCCGCUUGAACUGGUUAGAAUUAGGGAAAUUGUUGACUGUUUCAGAGACGGGUUAUCACUUUCUGAAUAGGCAAGGUGUGUUCUCUAAAUUAUUGGACGAUUUGUAUUCUUCUGCUUCGGAUCCAUUAGGUGAUUUACUACUUCCAGGAUACAUUGGAUUUUUUGGUAGUCUUGCUAAGCGAGACCCUGACCAUUGGUUAGGGUCAAAAAGCGAUGGAAGGUUUAAGAAUGUAUUAUCAGAUGCGGUCGAUAAUAAUGCUAUCAGUAUUUCUAUGGUGGCAUUUGAAUCUAUUAGCUGUAUAGCGACUACACCAACAGGUCGGAUUACCUUAGAUAAGUUAUUUGCUAAAGGUGGCUCAUUUGAUAGUGUUUUGAACAAGCUUUUUGUAUUUAUUUCCAAUUCACCAACUGAGAUAUGCACUAGAGCUGUCGAAUGCUAUAGUUUUCUUCUACGUCGACCUGAUGGGAUAGAUUCAGAAGGCUUAUUUGCCGAUGCCGUACUUUCUCUUAACUGGGCAAUAAUUUCUUGUCAAAAAAGCAUUGAUACAACAAAUUCCAAUUCAGUUGACGAUAAAGAAUUAUUAAUUGCUCCACUACUGAAACGCCUUUAUUCUCUUGCAACUCAACCAUUUUUUGAGGUGCGUGUAGCAGUAUUCAAAGCUAUCGAUGCGAUUGUAACGCAGCCCUGGGGAGUUCGACAAAUAACACGACAACCCGGAUUUUUCGAAUAUUUGCUUAAUCGUCAAACGGAACUCGGAUUUCCCGAUAAAAUACAACUUGUGCAAGCCAAAUUAGACAUUAUGAACAAUAUGCUGAAGACAUACAAAGUAUGGAGUUGUAGUGAAUGUAAAUCAUUCCAAAAUUUGAUUGACAGACAACAGUUGAAACUAAUACAGCAUUAUAUAAAGGAAGGAUUAUGGGGUGUUGUAAAAUCUGAGGCUGCGGUGGCUCUUGAACCUGGCUAACUAAUUGAUAAUGUAAAGAAUGUAAACGAUAUAUGCAAACAUAUUUUUCUUUUUUGUUGGUUGGUUUUCUUAAAUGUUGUGAUUCUUAACUUCUAGUGACAUGAUUCACAUAUCAAUUCUUUAAAAUAAGAAAUUUUUACAACAACCGACCAGCUAGUAAGUGCUUCUUCAGCUUAGUCGUUGACUAUUGUAUUAAUUCAAUAGAGAUCUUAAGACAAACUGAUAUCAAAACCAGAUUAUCAAUUGAACCUGUCCAUAAAUUCUGCACAGAAUAAAAUCAGCACAAUUAUAUAUCGUUGACAAGUACCAAGGAUUCGUAGUAUGAUGGAGUAUUUUAAUCUUUUGGAAAUCAGAGUACUAACACAAAAAUUCAAGAGAAUAUUAUGUAUCGUACGAAACAUCCAGAUGUUUUAAGUCCAUUGAAUCGACCAGUAGUCUAGUCUCACAUUAAACGGCAAUAGCAGUUUCUCAGCGUUCUGAAGGGUAGUUGAUGAUAAAAUGUGAUUAAGAACUGUCUCCGAAAUGAACGUAUAGUCUCACUGAAGUUAGAACAAUAGUCUUAGUCACUAAUCUUGCUUUUGAAAUCACUAGCCUGAAGUGGAUUUAUUAUUAUAAAUAUAAUCUCAUAGUUAAACCAACGGGAUAACGCAAUAAUUCAUUGAUUAUUAACGUUAAAAUUCGUUACAAGAACGUUAUUUUUAACAGAAAAAGUGAUAACAUAUUUCUUGGUAUUUAUUACUACAUGUUGGACAGUCACUGAUAUCUGAAAUUAGAAUGAAAAAUUUACUUCUAUAGUCCUCACUGAGUAAAUCACUCCGAGGCAUACGCUAGCCCUCAAGUUGAUUCCAUUAAUAACGAUGACAGUGAAUGAAAUAUAUGCGUCCUAUCUAACUUCGUAUAUCUCCUGUCAACUAAUUAAAUUAACAAAACGUUGAAGUCGAAUAUUGUUAUUAUUAUUAUUUGAACACAUAA